AUGGCGCAAAAACCUCUUACCGCUGAUCAAAUCGCUGAAUUCAAGGAGACAUUUGAUCUAUUUGAUAAAGAUCAUAGCGGAUCAAUAUCUGCUUCCGAGCUUAAAUCAGUAAUGAAAUCAUUAGGUUUAUCGCCUACGGAUGAUGAAGUGCAGGAUUUAGUUAAUGAAAUUGAUAUUGAUGGUAAUAAUGAAAUUGAAUUUAAUGAAUUUUUAACUCUUAUGUCAAAACAAAUAUCCUCAAAUGAUACAGAACAGGAACUAAUAGAAGCAUUUAGAGUAUUUGAUACAAAUGGUGACGGUGUGAUAUCUGUCUCCGAAUUGAAAGCCGUCUUAAGUUCCAUAGGAGAAGAAUUAUCUGAUGAAGAGUUGGAUCAAAUGAUUCAAGAGGUAAGUAAAGGUACUGGUGAAAUUAAUAUUGAACAAUUUGCAGCUUUGUUAUCAAAGUAA